UCAUGCAAACCCUCAAAACAACCAUUCUUUCUACUCUAAUCAUCACCUCUUUUCACUUCCAUCAAUGCCCUUCGUCCCUACUCUCUCAACCCCUCAAACCGCCGGAUUUCUCCACUCCCAACAUGGUCCCCUCCUUUCCUGUUCAGUCCGGCCCACAGAAGACCUGCCGCCUCGAUUUAUCCUCUGAGCUCUUCGGUGGUGUCAACGCAGCUUGUGGCCGUAACCUCGAUCGGAGUCGUUGCUGUCCAGUUCUCGCAGCUUGGCUCUUCGCUGCGCACGCUCGUUCCGCGCUCCAGCUAAAUGCUUCCUCCACACCCACCACCGGAUUGUUGCCGGUGAUGCCUGAUGAUUCUCAGAGAUGCGUCACUUCGUUACAAACCUCAUUGCAGAAACGGAACAUACAUAUUCCUCAGCCCAACGCAUCGUGCGACGCCGUGUUGUGCUUCUGCGGCAUCCGUCUCCACCAGAUCGGUUCUCUUAGCUGUCCCGCCGCGUUCAAUCUCACGGCGUCGUCAAGGAAUGCGACACCAACAGCCGUCGUCAAAAACCUAGAAAAGAGUUGCCGGAAUUCGUCUUACGCCGGCUGCACAAAAUGCCUCGGAGCUUUGCAAAAGUUAAAGGCGGAGGGAAGCAAAAAUGGAACAAGAAAAGGUGACCGGAGGAGCGAGAUGAUGAGUCGGGACUGCCAGCUGAUGGGCCUGACAUGGCUGCUGGCAAGGAACAAGACAGCGUACAUACCGACGGUUUCCGCUGUAUUGCGCGCCAUCAUGUACAGUGCGCACCCAGCUCACGAGUCAAAGUGCAGCCCCGACCAGGAGAACAUGCCGCUGGCCGUCAAUUCCUUACAGUUUGACAAAUCGGAGUCGUCGUCGUCGUCGUCACCGUCGUCUUCCUCCGCCGCCUGGUCAUCAUCUUGGUCACGUGCGUUUGGGAUUGUAACGACGAUAUCAGGGGGGCUGCUGGUUUUUGUGUAAUUUCUUGUUUUACUGUGGAAGUGGAAUGCAUGCUAUACGGCUUUUGUGGAUGAAGGAGUAGGUGACGUCAUGGUAGCAUUGUUGUUGGUGGAAGGGUAUUUUUGUAAUUAUCUUAUCUUUGGAUUCUAGAAUAUUGCAUUUUUUU